UUCCAUUGCUCGUAAAUAUAUUAAUGUAUCAUAUGACCCGAAAUAUUUAGAGCAGGACUAUUAUUUUAAACAAAAAAAAAAAUCCGACAAAAUGGUGAUCGAAAGUACGAUGGUCUGUGUCGACAACAGUGAUUAUAUGAGAAAUGGGGACUACACCCCUACAAGGCUUCAUGCUCAGCAAGAUGCUGUCAAUGUUGUUUGUUUAUCAAAAACACGAUCAAACCCAGAAAAUAAUGUUGGUUUAUUAGUUAUGUCUGAUGUGAAAGUUCUGGUUACAUUAACAACGGAUGUGGGCAGGAUAUUAUCAAAAUUACAUCAAGUCCAACCAAAUGGUUAUAUCAAAUUUGGAACUGCCAUCCGGGUGGCUCAUUUGGCUCUCAAACAUCGUCAAGGAAGAAACCAUAAAAUGAGAAUUGUAAUAUUUGUGGCCAGCCCUAUUGAAGAUGAUGAAAAAGAGCUUGUGAAAAUUGGUAAAAAAUUGAAAAAAGAAAAAGUGAAUGUUGAUGUUGUGAAUUUUGGAGAAGAAGCUAUCAACACUGAGAAAUUAACUGCACUCAUUAAUACAAUAAAUGGUAAAGAUGGCACCAGUUCCCAUCUUUUAACGGUACCGUCUGGUCCCAUGUUGUCUGAUGCUCUUUCGUCUUCUGCCAUUGUUGUCGGUGAAGAUGGUGCAGCUCCUGGAUUAAACAUUGUUAGUUAUGAAUUUGGAGUUGAUCCCAACGAAGAUCCUGAAUUAGCCUUGGCUUUGAGAGUCUCGAUGGAAGAACAACGAGCUCGACAGGAAGAUGAAGCCAGGAAAGCAGCAAGUGCUCCAAUUCAGGACACGGAAAUGCAGUCAGCUGAAACUACAGCAACUACAGAUGAAGCAUUAUUAGAACGUGCUCUCAAGAUGUCGGUGAUAGAAAAUGAAAACCCUGCUAGUGGAGGUUCAGCUUUUCCCUCUGCCGCUGCAACCAAGACAGUUUCUGAUUUCCCAGCUGUCCCUGCUGCCAACAUUGUUCCAGAUAUUUCUUCGAUGAGUGAAGAGGAACAAAUUGCAUAUGCUAUGCAGAUGUCGUUGCAGAAUCCAGGUGUUACUGAUGUGGAUGCCCCAUCUCCAAUGGAGACUGCUGGCUAUGAAUCUGAAAAAAAGGCAGAGGAAGAUGACUAUUCAGAAGUUAUGAAUGACCCAGCUUUUGUUCAAAGUGUAUUGGAAAAUUUACCGGGUGUUGACCCAGAGAGUGAAGCCAUUAGGAAUGCUAUGACUUCUUUAACCAAACCCGAAGAGGAUAAGAAGAAAGAAGAGAAAAAAGAUGGGAAAAAGUAACAUUUCAAAACCAAUCUCUGUAUCUUGUUCUGCCUCAAGUUUCCCAUCAGCCAUUUAAUUUCCUUCAAUUUUUUUCUGCUCCUACAUUUGAAUUUUCCUCUUUGUAGGUUCAAUCCCAAUCUCAGUACGUAAUCUGUGGCCUAGUAAUAAAAGAACUGAUUAAACUGUUAUGUCUUGUUCCUACAUUACAUAUAAAAUUAUAUAUAUAUACAUAAUAAAAUUCAUAUACGCAAUCUUA